CAUUAUUUAAGAAACAAGAAAAGUUAUUAUUAAAAAAAAUACACAAUGUGUUUCGAACUAUUUUGUAUUUAACGACUUCUUGCGGUAGAAUAGUAUGUUUGGUAAAAUGUUAUCAUUUAUAAUUGAUACUAUAUGAUAGGUGUUUUUUUUAUGUCUGUAAAAAACAUUAGUUGUAAAAAAGAUUAGUCGCAAAAAAAACUUACGUGCAUAAUGAUGUGUUCUCUGUUAUAUUUUCUAAAUGAUCACGUAUAUUAUUUAUUAACGAAAUCUUGGAUGGGUCUCAAGUGGGAUUUCGAAAAUAAUUAUUAGUAUAUUUGUUAUUAUUAUUGUUUAAGAGGAAAGUGUAAGAUUUCAGGUAUAAAUUGUGGAAGAAAUAAAAUUAUAGAUCUUAUUCGGACAUAUGAAUUUGAUCUAUGGACGACUAUUUUUUAUAAAAUUAAAAUGAAUUCGACGAAUAUGAUAAUAUUCUUUUUCCUAACAUUAUUUAUCAGUAGUUUACAAAAGCCUAUUUUUUUUAAAAAUACCUUCAAAGGAUUGCGAGGAAUUACGUCGGAACCUAAUUGUUUAACAUACGUAAGAGCGGUUUAUUAUUACGAGCAAACUGUUGCUAUCGUUGAUCUCACAGUUAAUAACGUAUUACACGAUUGUAAUCUUAUCGAAAUAUAUGAACCAGAAGAAGCUAACGAAGUACUUCGAAAUCUAUCACUAACUGUAAAUCCACAGAAAGUGUCUUUUCAGCAGAUGAUAAAACUUAUGCAACAAUGUGAAACUUUGGAGAGCUUACAAUCUCAAGAAUUAUCUAUUUCUGAAGAUACGCGAAACGAAAAAAGUUAUUCUCGAAUAAGUUCAUUAACAUUAUUAUCAGGAAUUAUACCAGGAACAAAAUGGUGUGGAACUGGAGAUAUAGCUGAAAAUUAUCACGAUUUGGGUCGAGAAGCAAAUAUUGAUAGAUGCUGUCGCAAUCAUGACUUAUGCCCUGUAAAAGUAAGAGCUCAAACAUCACGUUACAACUUAAAUAAUAAUUCUUUAUAUACUAAAUCACAUUGUAGUUGCGAUGCAUUAUUUUACAUCUGUUUGAAAGCUACAAAAAAUUCAAUAGCUGAUCUUAUGGGCAAUAUAUAUUUUAACAUUAUAAGAGUACCAUGUAUAGAGGAUACUUCAAGUCAAUGGAACCAAGAAUCUGAAAAGCAAUUUGUUCCAGUAAAAACAAAAUCCAAGAGAAAAUAUUAAAUACAUACCAAAUAGAUACCAAAAGAGGAAUAAAAAUACAUACCAAAGUAGUAUUGGAAAAAUUAUUCGAAGCAGACUGAUGUAAAAAAUCUACGAUAGAUGGUAAUGCAUAAUAUAAGGACUUGCUGCAUGCUAUAUUUGAAGAUAAUAAUGCCAAUAACCAAAAAGUAUUAGCAUUUUGUUCUAACAAAUUUCUGUCUUUGCAUGCUUCUGCAAGCUCUACCAACUCAAUUUCCCUAAAAUAUUAGAGAAUGUAUAAAAAUGAUAAAUAAUAAACUUAAUAACUAAUUUUUAUUAUGUUUUCUAAAAUACAUACGUAAUGGAAGAAAAACCACCAUAUAUAUAAUGCAAAGCUGCAUAUAUCACAGAAGAAAGAAUGGUAUUAUCGCAUUCACGCAUCAAUACAAUUAUAUAUUGUAAACAUUUUUGUGCUUGUAAAAUUUCAAACGCUUUUUUACUUCCACUGGACAAAUUUCCAAUAGUCCAAAGACAGACUUCCUAAAAUUUAAUAUAUUAAUAAGUUUUAUCAUGUUAAAAUUUAAAGAUAUAAAUAUUAAAAAAGAUAUUUAUAUUAUCUUACCAAUAAAGGACGGUUUAAACUUU